UAAUACACAUAAUAAUUUGACAGAAAAUGGCUGAUACAAAUCUUCGUGAACCCGAAAUCAGUUCAAACAACUCUAAAAAUGCAACACAGAUCAAUUCAGCAGUCAUUCACAAGACAACAAGUCUGCCAACACCGAGAAAUUCAAUCGAUCUCUUUCCAACCACAAAAGUUGUAUCUACACCAUCUACCCCUACAGAAAAUACAGUCCUGUCAAAAAAAGUUGAUUCAUCAGAGGAGUCAAUACCGCAGUCAAAGCAAGUCAAGCCAAAACCCAUAUAUACACACGAACUUCCAGUCAACUUUUUCGGUUCUCAUUCACCACCAUUACCACUCUCUCCCUUAGCAUUUGCAUCUAAAAGAAACACACCUGUUUCUUCACCGCAAAUUCACCCAACCAUAGACACACUUGUAGAGCCUACCGAAACUUUGGAUCUCCACAAAACUCCUAAAAAGGAUGAUGUAUUACCACCGUCAUCAUUACCAGAUCAGUAUAUGCUGACCAAAUCAAAAAAGUUUCCAAAAACCCACAUGUUAUCUUUAGAGGACUUUGAUAUCAAGCAAACUGUUGGUACAGGUUCAUUUGCCCGAGUGCAUGUUGCCAAAAGUAAAGCCAACGGAAAAUACUACGCCAUCAAAGCCAUCAACAAGAAGGAUUUAAUAUCAAGGCGACAAGUAGAGCAUGUUCACAACGAGCGGGAAGUUCUCAGUGUCGUAUCUCAUCCAUUCCUCGUCAAAUUUUGGGGAACCUUUCAAAGCGAGACACACGUUUUUUUCGUCAUGGAUUAUGUGCCUGGAGGAGAACUCUUUCGAUUGAUCAAAAACAAAAAAUUGGCCGAGAAGGAUGCCAAGUUUUAUGCUGCUGAAGUCACAUUAGCCAUUGAAUAUUUGCAUAGUAUCAAUGUCGCUUACCGAGAUUUAAAACCGGAAAAUAUCUUACUGGAUCAGCGUGGACAUGUCAAGAUCACGGAUUUUGGAUUUGCAAAACAAGUAGAGGAUGUCACUUGGACUGUGUGUGGUACACCAGAUUAUUUGGCUCCGGAAAUCAUUCGUUCCAAAGGAUACACAAAAGCUGUGGACUGGUGGGGACUUGGUGUAUUAAUUUUUGAAUUACUAGCAGGUCAUGCACCAUUUUCUGCAAAGAAUCCUGUGGAUCAAUACCAAAAGAUUCUCGAAUGUGACAUUACUUGGCCUGACCAUUUCAGUGAGGAAGCCAAAGAUCUGAUACAAAACUUGCUCCAAGUCAAACCCAGCGAAAGAUUUGGAAACUUAAAAGAGGGUGCGAAUGACAUUAAACAGCAUGCAUGGUUUAAAUCACUCGACUUUGAUAGAGUAUUAGCGCGUGAUGUUACACCUCCUUAUGUUCCCAAUGUCAAAUACGAAGGUGAUACCGGAUGUUUUGCUUAUUAUGAAGAAAUGCCAUUACCCUAUAAUUUAAUGCACACAUCCAAAGCUUACUGUGAUCAUUUCCCUGACUUUUAAAAAAAACACUACAACAUACACACUCAAUGAUACCAUUUUUUAAUUAUAAUAAUAAAAAAAGAAAACUUGCAUUCCUAUACAGCU